CUGAACAAGCAGGAAACAGAAAUUUUAACUGCUGUAACAAAACAUAAUCUGCAGAUUAUGAAAACGACACAGGCUCUUCGAUACGCAGUGCGUCUGAACUAUGGGCAGGUUAACGAAAUUGCCGGAAAGUCCACGGAUCGAAACACGACUAGAUCGGCGGCACUUCUGGCAGCGCUUGGUAUUGGCUUGUCUUCAUUCAGCAUGAAGCAGAUGCUUGCGAAGUCAGGCAAAAAAGGACAUUAAAUCCUUAAAUUUUCAAUUAGCAUACCAAACACUCUGCGCGCUGCCUUAACACUUGCUCUUACGAAUGGCUGCUCGAUCGGUAUUGCGCUAGGCAAUGCUUUUGGGAAUCACAGAAGAUAAGUAGAUUUCUAAAUGCAUUUGCUCAGAAGCCUCAUCGACGAGCCGGCAGAAGCGAAAGGUAAUAGAACGGAAUAAUUCGAUGACACCUUAUUACUCCCGCUGGCGUCGUUUUGAAUGGAACUGCAAAAUAGGAACUGUGAUUUAGCCCCAUAGGUUCAAUGUAGAUUCGUGAGACCAUUAAGUAACGUUGUUUAUUUUGAACAAUGCUUGCUUACUCAGUAGAAAUAUUUCAGUUAUAGUUUUAGGCCUUAACCACUCUCAGUGAAUGUCGAAAUGAUCGAUGGAACGAAGAUAGUUUAAGUUAAUUUGGAUUUCCUUACGCAAUGUGAAUCGCAUAGAUUUGAUUUAUUUGGUUUGAAGAAAUUAAUAAUCUUCUCAUAAGUGGAUUUUGGUCGUUACGCUUCAUUCCAGCAGUGUAUAGCCGGAUUUUUAAACCAAAUGAGGUGUGGUUCGGGAAAAUCCUUCCAUUGAUUGAAGAAUUGCACUACGGUGGAGACCAUUGAAAACAAGAUAUCAAGGUAGAAGUUGGACGAACUCCAACACAGAGUGAGCAUCACGGAAGAAAACGACUGAAUGGGGGGAGUAUCGUUUGACUCAUUUCCAGUGUGUGAAGAGAAACAUCGAACUGGACUAACUAGGACAAAAAGGGCAAAGAUUUAGGACAAGUGCAGAGUCUAGGUUGCAGUAACUGGAGAAAUAUAUCAUGGUUACUCGAUUAAUUUAAAA